GUCAGGGUGAGUCACCCAAAAGAUUUAUAAGGCCAGGACUGAUUCAGUCAAGACCAAAACAAGGAAACUCCUCUCCUAAUCAUCAAACCGAACGUGCAGCCAAAAGCUGAAGAGCCAUCAUGGCCUCCUUCACAUUGUCAGUAUUCCUCUGUGUUGCUGUUCUUUCUAGCAUGACAUUGGCUCAAGAGGAAGAUCAGAAUUUCUGUCCUCCCGGAUGGACACCCAAUGAAUUGCACUGCUUCAAGUACGUCUCAGAGAAGAAAACCUGGGCCGAUGCUGAGAUGAACUGUUUGCUUCUCGGAGGAAACCUGGCUUCAGUGUGGAGCGAAGAAGAUCAAAAGUUUCAAGUGAAACUCCAAAAGCAAUCGGGCACAGUUGAACCAUUCUGGAUUGGACUGUCAGACGUCCACAAGGAGGGAACAUGGUUCUGGUCUGAUGGUACUGCUGUGUACUAUACAAAUUGGGCCCCUGGUGAACCAAACAAUUUCAAAGAAGAGGAUUGCGUGGUAACAGACGAGAAUUGGAACGAUAUAGCUUGUGAACGAAAAUUUCCUUCCAUAUGUUCCACACAAGCUAAAUUUUGAUUUGGG